CACAGCAGUUAGCAGAUUCAUUUGUUGAAUAAUUGUCAUUCAAAAUUUUAGUUAAAACGUUUUUCUCAGUAAUUAAAAUAUCCCUAAGUGAAGACUUGCAACAUUAUUCAGAAUCAUGGACAAGUUUGAAGCGACUCCCCGACGAGAGCGGGAGUUACAAUUGGCGAACGUUAUCCGUCAAGUGAUGGAACGCAAUACGCAAAUCGAUAAGCUGAAAAUAAUGAUUCAGAAUAAGACAUUGAAGCAGUUGCAGUCUGAUGGCGCCCAGAAUCUAAUUUCACGAAAACGUCCUUCGCCCGAAGAUCGAUCCCCAGCGGCAAUCAUCUAUGCAGUUCACGAGCUCAUAAUGGAGUACUUCCAUUGGUUUGGGUAUCAAUAUUCGGCCGAAAUGUUUUCCUUGGAAUCGGGAUGUGAUCCUGCUUGCCCGGAACGUGCGUAUUUGGAGUCAAAGCUAGGGGAACAUGAUAAAGAUACACCUAUCCUAGUCGAGGAAGUUUUCAACUUGAUUCGAAAUAAAACUUCCAAGUCUAGUCCUGCGGCAGGAGAACCCAGUGCAUGAGCAGUCUUUGGAUUUUCGGAAUUUUAUGUAUAUUUUAAUAGACAUUUUAGGCAAUAGUGAUUUGGUUACUUGACUUCGUAAAAGCGUGACUGAAGCUGAGCUCGUAGCUCAACAGCCUCUCUAUUCAGGCUUGAAAAACAUACAUUUGUCUUUAAAGUACUAAGCCUGUUGGUAUGAUUACCGUUUUGGGCUAAUUAAAUUUUUCGUUUGAA